AUGACCUUUAUUGGAGUAUUUUGACAAGUAGUUGCUGUGGCGCCGACUCCGACUAUCGUGUCAUUAAUGUCUACCUGCUGUUACAACUGUUGAUAAGCGAGGGUGUAAUAUUUAAUUUUAUCCCGUGAAGACGGACAGCUGUCCACUCAGGAUGGGAGGAAAUGGGAGCAAAGCGAGGAAUGUAUCUUUCAGGCUGGACGAACACGAGAAGGUCACAGUAGUUGAAGGAGUGAAGCUUUCUGAGAAUGUCCUCCGGCGGAUGAGGGAAUCUCCUGGUUCGGAAAGAGCUUGGUCUUUGCCACCUGCUCCAGACAUGCAAAGGACUUCACCAAGUUCAAAAUCGACAGAAACAUCAUCUUCACAGACACAGGAAGAGAUGCUUAAGAACUAUGAGCGUCAACAGGCUCUGGUGCAGGAGCAGCUGGCCAAGCUCAACCUGAGGGAGAGAGAGACUGUCUACGUAGAAAAAUGGAGAACACAAGACGAUAAUGAAAAGAGCAAGGUACUGCUAGCAGAUUUGGAUGCGUGGGGUAGACUGCUGGAGCGGAAAGAACAGGAGCUGGCCACAAUCCAGAGUUUCUACAAAGAGCAAUUAGAAAUAAUGGAGAGAAAAAAUUUUCAGAACUACAAGCAGACAGCUGAAGAGUACUUUGAGGCUGCAGCUAAAACUGGAGAGCGGAUACGGCCCCGGUACAUUUCACCCAUGUGCACUGACCUGCAGACCAAAGUGCUUCAAUGCUAUAAAGAAAACCCAAAGCAGACACUGCACUGCUCCAGACUGGCUAAGCAGUACAUGAACUGUGUUCAGCAAGGGAAGAAGAGCUGUGUGACAAAUCAUGGCUGAGAAAUGCAAGAAUAGCCGGAACAAGGGGUGCAGUGAAGCAACGAAGAAACAAAAAUCAUAUCAAAUCCAUACAUUUUUUUUCUUGUUCAAAAUCAACUUUACUUAUCUGUUCACACAUCUGUUUGGCCACCAAUAUGUAUUAACCACCAUUUCUCACAUUCCCUUGUUGUUGUUUUUUUCUUUGUUUUCUUUCUCUGAAUCGAAUAUGUGUUGAUUUAAUGCCAAGUUGUGCCAGAGCUCGUUCUAAAAUAAAUUCUCAUAAUCCGGUG